CUGGGUUCUCCGGUUGUGUGGCAGCAUGGGUCGGUUCCUAAUGUUCAGUCCGGUGAGGGAUCCGUCUGGGGUCAUGUGGGCACCUCACAGGUGUUCUGUGAAGAGCCCAGCGGUGCAGGUUCACGGGGCGGAAGGGAAGAGUUAAAUAUUCAGCGCAACCUGUUAGAUGUAACACGUGUGCAUUAAGGGCAGGAAUUUGAGAAUGCAGAGGGAGAAGAAUAUCCAGCGAACAUGUCCACGCCGGCAUCGCCUGCAUCUCACACCGGUCCUGACGUCUAUAUCCUGCCUCUCACUGAGGUCUCACUGCCCGUCGCCAAGCAACCUGGCCGAUCAGUCCAGCUCCUGAGACCCACGGAUCUUGGCCGCCACAGUUUGCUUUAUAUAAAGGAGAUUGGACAUGGCUGGUUUGGCAAGGUAUUGUUGGGGGAGGUUCACUCUGGUCUCAGCAGUACCCAGGUGGUGGUGAAGGAACUAAAGGCCAGUGCCAGCGUGCAGGACCAGAUGCACUUUCUGGAAGAGGCUCGGCCAUACCGGUCUCUCCAGCAUCCGGCUCUAGUGCAAUGCCUCGCUCAGUGCACAGAGGUCACACCCUACUUUAAUUUAAUUUAA